GGAGAACCCACUAUCCGACCGAAUUACAUGACAAAGGGAGCUUUUGUUCCUGAGUUGUUAUUUGAUCUUGGACAGUAAGAGCAUAUUUUGGCUAUUUGUUCUUCACAAACAUGAUCCAGAGAAUUACAACCCACACUUCAGUCAAAAUAAUUUCUGGUAUGUUUGUGAUGCCCACAAAAUUUGUUCCCUGCUUUUUUGACUUGACGACCAUGGUUUACACUGCCAUUGCCAUCAUAGGCACAGCUUGCUAUGCCUUAAGAGGUACCUAGUUGAACUUUGUGUUCCAAUUCUUUGAAGACUGUGCUUUGCAUAUAUGCUUUAAUUGCUAUGUAAAACCUAGGUGGGAAAGUAAAUCUUCUUUCAUGAAGCUAUAAAAAUGAACAAACAAGGACAUUUCUUUAUAAGUGUCAGAAUCUCAGUUCUGCUCUUGCUCAAAACAUGAAUUUGUGAUGUUUAAGAAAAAUAACAUUUGCUGAGCUUGUGUUUUAGAAGCAAUAGUUUGUUACCUUAUUUGUUACGAGCAAAAUAUUUUAUAAUCACCCAAAUUCUUAUAUGCAACCUCAGUUGCAUGAUUGUAUUUUUAUAAAUACCUAGAUUUUGUGUUGUGUGUUGAAUAUAGCAUUUAAAGACAAAAUGUUCAGCCAAUUUGUUCUAUUAAAAAAAAAACUGUAAUUUUAUUUCUCGUGACAUGGUUGUGAUUGUGACUGUUGUAAAAAUGAUGUUAUUGUUUCCAAUAAGAGAUUGUCCUGCAACUUGUCACUUGGCAAUUUAUUUUGGGCCUCCCUUCCCGAGCUGUGUAUUCUAGCGUACUGCCGUCGCGUUGAGCGGCCAGAAACCCAACAUGCCGAUACGUGUGUGUUGUCACCCCUAUGUCAGAUUUCCAAUAAACAAUGCUCGAUAGGAAAAACGUCACCCGUAGCGAGCAGUCAAGCCGUAGCCGCGAACGCUUCAGCCUGCGGAUGCAAUCCACCGCAUAGACGUGUGAUGGGUGGGUGGCAUGCUGCACGGGCAGCCGGUAAAGCUUUACCGGCUAGCCCUGGGGUUUAGCGGCGGGGGGUGAUGAUGCCUUCAGCUGCGGCUCCGGGCCAUCAUCACCAGCGCUGUUAGCUCUCAAAAGACCUUUAGCGUUCGAGUUAACAAUUACAUCCAUCUCAGGAGUCAGAAUGCAAACCUCAAAUGCAGGUAAAGUGUCUUGUUUGUGCUGACCGACUAGAGUAUAUUUGAUUCCUGGACCUAAAAUUGGCGAGCGCGUGACACAUUCCCUUGAUGGCACCUUUACACUCACAGUGCAAGCCCUUUUCUCUUUAAAUAAUGUACGUACUGGUAUGGGGGUUGUACUGUACUGGGGGCUGGCACACUGGCUGAUUGUGAUGUGAUUUUGUUUUCCGAUCGAUGUUUUCCGCCCGCCUUGCUAGGCACGAUCUGACAGGUGCCAGGUCAUGGUGGGUGGGUGUUCGCCAAACCCAAACUAAAGCCUGUGAAACUUGAGCCUGUAAAACUUGAACCUGUAAAACUUGAGCCUGUCCGCAAGAUUAUAAUCUUCGGUGACAUAAACCAGGAUGGAGAAUCAAGCCAUGUCUCCUGACAAAUUAGAGCUCAUGGAUCUCCCAGAACAUAUCCUUUUGAAAAUAAUGGGUUACUUGGGCCAUGAUACCUUGGGAAAUGUAAUAUCAAAAGUAAGCACCAAGUGUAGAUUGUUGGCCCGUUCAAAAGUUUUAUGGUCUGAGGCCCAUCUUGAUUUAGAUACUUUCCUUAUAUUGGAAAUCCCGACACUCUUUGUCCGAAAACUUAUAGCGAGUCCAUACCUGCACUGUCUAACACUGACGUUGCAGGAUUUUUGCGAUGAAAGGAAAAAGUUUUUUCUUUCCGAAGAGUUAAGGCAGCAAAUACUGACAGUUUUAUUGAGCACCCGCUGCAAGGUCCAUAAGGUCAGGCUUAUGGUGGAAGAAUACCGUCCUGAAUUAGAGAAGUUUCUGUGGCGACACCUCGAAUUGAGGGAGCUGGAACUUAAAGACAAGGCUGCGGAAGAUGAUCGUUCUUCUUCUAUGGCUGCAUCUGUUGGUCAUGUGGCCCAUCACCUUAUCUCUUUGAACCUAAAUGAUUCGUCGUUGCCGUUCUUGCCCAGGGCAGGGAAGUUCUUGUCCAGAGAUUAUGGAGUGAAUCCGGGCCCAAAUGCUUCUACCCCGAACUCACCUGAUUCUCGGAGUGCCUUGGACCUUUCAGAUGAUAUCUGGAACCACGAUCGGUGGCUUGAAGACCUCGAGAAGGCAGAGGGUUUGCAGCACUUGGAGUUCAUUCCCCCUGAACACAAAGUCCGAAUAAUCACAGAUGCCGGGAGUGCGUGGGAUAUAGCAGCACAUAAUCUGUCAAAAAUGAUACGUGUCCACAAACGCUCUCUGAAGACUGUCAAAUUGACCGUCACUAGCAGAAGCGUGUGGAUGGCACUUGGCACAUGCUCAAGACUUGAGGACCUGUUGGUGCUUUGCGAUGAGGAUGGCUCGGGCUUUCGCACCAUGCUGCGGAACAUGCCACCGACUCUGCGCCGUCUCGAUCUCAGGCUUCCUGGACAGCUGGGCGCCGAGGGGUUGGCGAGGGUGCUGCAGACACUGUGCAGAUUCGCACCACGACUGGAAUCGCUGACGCUGUCCGGCUUGUCCGCGUUCUACCCUAAACAGCAGAGCCUUUUCCCCGGCUUCGGGGUCUUGCAGCCCUUGCUGAUGGGCACGGAGGAGCCCGGCACGCUCCGCGAGCUGUACCUCUGUAACAUAUGCCCCGUCGGCGGCCCGCAGCUCCAGGAGCUGGCCUCCAUGGCCAACUUCAAGCUGUCCCUGAACAAGCUGGAUCUGCGGAACUGCAAAUGCAGCGAGGACUUCGUCAAUGACCAGUGCCGGAACCGCGGCAUAUCUACAUUGAAGGCUGCCAUGCCCUCGCUGGAGUUGACUGCUAAAUACGAGCCUGCGUUCUUGUGUCCUAACUUCCGAAUGACAGGGUCAAUGCUCCCAAGCCCUGAUCGCUGCCGCAUGUGCCGGGAGACACUUCGUAACGUUGCCAAGACAGCACUUGAAUCAUGUCAAGCAGGCCUCGAUUACCGUGACGCAGCUCGUGAACGUGAGGAUGCAUAUAGUGAACACAUGGAAAAACGUCGUAAAUCUGCUGAGGCAUCUCAGCAAUAUGGAGUGGUAGCUGCUAAAGCUGGCGAAGCAGCUCGCAAAUAUAAAGAGGUAUUUUGCGUGUCUAACGCGGCAGAGCGCCAAUGGACAAAGACAGCUUGUCAAGUCAUCAGGCUAGUAUAUACGCCAACCUUGCGACACGUUCUGGCAACGCGUAAAUCUGCCAUAGCAGCUCGUAAAAAUUAUGUGUCAACUCAGAAAUCUGUUGCGACGGCUGAUAACUUUGUCGUGCCAUCUCUGAAAUGUUAUGCGGCAAAGGCAGCUUAUGCAUCUACUGAGAAAGCCUACAAAGCUGCAUCUGAGGCUCAUCAAGCUGCUGAACAAGCUGGUCGAGUUGCUCAAGAAGCUUAUCAAGUUGCUUAUAAAGCUCGUCAAGUUGCUGCUGAAGGUCGUCAAAAUUUUGAGAAAGCUCUACAAGCUGCCGAGACGGCUUGGGCAUUUUCUCGGGCGGCUGAACGAGGACAUCAGCGUGCUAUUGAAGCUCUGCUGACAGAGGAGCUGGGAGAUAUGGAGUGGUUACAUAAUAACAUAUGUUUCUAUGAACCUGUCUUCUCCACAUUCCCAUUUUUCCCAGUUCGUAAUUUCCAAAAAUAAUUUCCCACAGACAGUUUUGCCACUGCAGUCCCACACCAUGGUGUCACUAUAGUGGGACAAAUAUUUUUGGGAAAAUUGUCCUGUGGUAACAAAGGUUUGGGAAAUUAGACCGACAACCCUAUCUUUUUAUAAAUGAUUUUUACAAAAACAAAAAUGUUACUUUUUGUGUAGACUGCAGAUUUACGAAUCUCUUCCCGCUUUGAAUGUAUUGAUCACAUGGUUAAAGUAGUAAAUGUGAUAUUAAUGUUUAUAAAUUCAUUUUUAUUUCUUUAUUGUUGCAUGUGCCAGUAAUAUAUGUAAUGUUAAUGUUUAUAAAUUUGUUUUUAUUCUUCGUUAUAGUUUCAUGUGCCAAUCAGUCAUAAGAAUCAUUAACAAUCCCUCCCGGCAGACACCACCCUAAUAUUAUUUUUAGGGUACCGCUUGGUUUCUGGACUCGGGAGUAAAAGCACGGUGGCACCUUUCUGUGUCUAUUAUAGUUUUAGAUAUGUUUCAAGUG